AUGGCUUUCCUGGACAACCCAACAAUUAUACUUGCUCAUAUUCGGCAGUCACACGUGACCAGUGAUGACACAGGGAUGUGUGAAAUGGUCCUGAUAGAUCACGAUGUCGACCUGGAGAAGUUUAAUCCCUCGUCAGCAUAUGGGGACAGUGGUUCAGAAACACAGGGAAGCAACGGUGAGACUCAGGGCUAUGUAUAUUCCCAAUCAGUCGAUAUUACCUCAAGCUGGGACUUCGGAAUCAGAAGACGAUCAAAUACAGCUCAGAGACUAGAACGUCUGCGGAAAGAGAGACAAAAUCAAAUAAAAUGCAAAAACGUUCAGUGGAAAGACAGAAAUACUUCUUACUCAGCAGAGGAGCUGAGCUCACUAUUUGAAAAAAAGAAUUUCAGAGUAAAAUCUCCGUCUUCUGGGAAGCAGUCAAUACUGUCUGUGCGACUUGAACAGUGUCCGCUGCAGCUGAAUAACCCCUUCAAUGAGUACUCAAAAUUUGACGGCAAGGGUCAUGUUGGUACAACGGCAACCAAAAAAAUUGAUGUCUACCUCCCCCUGCACACAAGCCAAGACAAACUGCAGCCCAUGACAGUUGUGACGAUAGCAAAUGCCAAGGUGCAUGACCUGAUUGGACUAAUAUGCUGGCAAUAUACAAGUGAGGGACGGGAACCAAAACUGAACGACAACGUCAAUGCCUACUGUCUCCAUAUUGCUGAGGAUGACGGGGAGGUUGACACAGAUUUUCCACCCUUGGAUUCCAACGAGCCCAUUCACAAGUUUGGCUUCAGCACCCUGGCGCUGGUUGAAAAGUACUCCUCUCCCGGCCUGGCAGCGAAACAGUCACUCUUUGUUCGCAUAAAUGCUGCUCAUGGAUUCUCACUUAUUCAGGUGGACAGUAUGAAGGUCACCAUGAAGGAUAUCUUACAAAAGGCCUUAAAGAGAAGGAAGGGAUCACAGAGAGGCUCAGGUCCUCAGUAUCGGCUGGAGAAGCAGAGUGAACCUAAUGUCCCAGUAGAUUUAGACUGUACCUUGGAGAGCCAGAGCACUUUGGAAUUCUGCCUUGUCCGGGAGAACAGUUCAAGAGGAGAAGAGGUCUCGGAGGAGGACCCCCAGAUCGAUAUAGCUACAGUUCAGGACAUGCUCAGUAGCCACCAUUACAAGUCCUUCAAAGUCAGCAUGAUCCAUAGGCUUCGAUUCACCACUGAUGUUCAGUUAGGUAUUUCUGGAGACAAGGUAGAGAUAGACCCUGUUACUAAUCAGAAGGCCAGCACUAAGUUUUGGAUUAAGCAGAAACCCAUUUCAAUCGAUUCAGAACUCCUCUGUGCCUGUGACCUUGCGGAAGAAAAAAGCCCAAGUCAUGCAAUAUUUAAACUUACAUAUCUAAGCAAUCAUGACUACAAACACCUUUACUUUGAAUCAGAUGCUGCUACUGUCAAUGAAAUUGUACUGAAGGUUAACUAUAUUCUAGAGUCGCGAGCAAGCACAGCCAGAGCAGAUUAUUUUGCUCAGAAACAAAGAAAACUGAGCAGGAGAACAAGCUUUAGCUUCCAGAAGGAGAAGAAAUCGGGACAGCAGUAACGCCUAGCCUGGAGGAGAGCCUGUCUGCCGAAGCCGGAGGAGGAGACGCUCCCCACCGCCCGAGACAGGUGGGAGCCAGGACUGCGGUGCUCCUGCUGCCAACAGGCAGGAGCAGCCGGGGAAAGAAGUCUGAAUUAUCCCGUCUCUCACGGUUGGAAGAUUAUCCCUCGUUGGUGAUGGGAAAGUCUCCCCUGUGACAAAAAUAAAGAGCCAUAUCAGCCGGAAAGAAGACUGUUACGCAUCAGGUUCCUUUGAUUAGAAAUAAGAGAAUGACGUAGACUGGCAUCAUUUAAUUACUGUAUUAUGUACAAUCACAAGAAGAGAUGUGAUUACAUAUUAUUUCACAGCCUGGUUAAAAUAAAUUAUAUACAUCUGUAAUACACCCACGUACACACAGGUAUUGCUUGUGACAUGAUCAAAUUUCUAAAAACAAAAUGUAGGACAAAUGUAUCCAUUUUUACUAUUAAUAAACAGAUGUAAUCUUUUUCAA